AUGUGUGCUACUCAAACGGCUGCUGAUAUGGAUAAAAAAGUCGCUGAAUUAGUGAAAGAUGGCAAAAGAAAAGAAGCUAUGGAUCUUGUUACUGAAAAAAUUGCAUUACUUAAAGAUGUUGAACAAUUUGACGAUGAAAGAGGAACCAUUUCAUUAGUACUUCGACUAGCUGAAAAUAUGCACAAUAAGUUUAAAGAUGAAACCGUCGAUAAGGAACUCAUUUGUCGAGAAUACGAACAUCAAGCUUAUUUAUUAGAAGAGGAUGAUGAUCAAGCGUUCACUCUGUUCGCUUAA